AUGACUGCCUUGAUGCUGAUUGCUCAGUAUCUAGUAUGCCAGCACAAGAAGGAGCUAGAAGAGAAUGAACUGAAGCUGGACCAUAUGAUGGAACAAGAACGUUUACGAGGAUUGAAAGAAGAGGAACGUCAAAAAGAGAAGAAAGAUUGUCAAAAAUAUGAAUAUGUACAACAGAUUAUGAAGCAAAUGAAAGAUAAUGAAUCUGAAAGACUUAAAGAAGCAAAAUAUAUUGAAGAGGUUCAGGAAUACUUAUGCCGAAAGGCGGCUCAACAUAGGUCUCGUCAACAACAGCAAGAGAAGUUAAGACUGGCAAAAGAACAGGAACUGGCCCGUUUACGUUCUUUGCAAGAACGGCAACAAGACUUGCAAGAAAAAAUGGAAGAAAUAUACGCACAGCGAGUACAAGAUGAGAUGGAACGUGAGUGGCGUCGAAGAGAGCUAGAGGCUGUCCGCAAGAAAGCACAGACAGAUGAGGAGCUUAAGAAGGCACUUGCUGAGCAAGUCAAAGAGAGACAGCGCAUUCAAGCACUGGAGAUUGCAAGGGAAAAGCAGGAAUUUGAGAAAGUGCAGAAGAUACAGGAGCAGCUCGCAGAAAAGGAAAGACAGGAGCAACUGAAGAGAUUACAGGCAGUUAUAAUUGUGAUUUUGAGCUCAGUAUACUCCAAGUGA